UAGAGGUUGUGUGUGUGUGUGUGUGUGUGUGUGUGUAUGUGUGUGUGUGUCUGAGGCGUUUCGGAUUGGAGAUGCAAAAAGAAAGGGCAGUUUCGAGGAAGUGACGGACGAGGCUCAGGGGACUGGUCAGAGGAAGUUUGCUCGAUGGUUGGUACCGUGCUGCUGAACCAAACUUUUCCCCCCUGAGCAGCGGCGGCACCGUGGAUCGGGACGGACGGAUCCAGCGGCGGAGGGAGCUUUUGUUUCCUCGCCACACGAGCACCGCUGAGGACUAACUUGAGGUCGGGAGAGAAAACGGGGGAUCGCAGAGGAAUUUCACUCCCGUAACCAAGCCCCCCUUUUCCCUUCGCUGCCCCGCGCCUCCUCUGUUUUUUUUUACCCCGGGAUUCGCGAUGGGGAAGGAGCAGGAACUUCUCGAAGCGGCGCGGACUGGAAACCUGGCCGCGGUGGAGAAGCUUUUAUCCGGGAAGCGACAGAGCGCUGGCAUCGGCAGCGGAUCGUCUGGGACCGGUGGAAGUGGCAACAGCGGCGGACACGGCGCCUCCUCUCAUCCGCUCUCCAGUCUGCUCAGCAUCUGGAGAGGCCCCAAUGUGAAUUGUGUGGACAGCACUGGAUACUCCCCUCUCCACCACGCCGCCCUAAAUGGACACAGCGAGGUGGUGGAGGCGCUGCUACGAAACGAGGCCUUGACGAACAUCGCCGACAACAAGGGCUGCUACCCUCUCCAUCUGGCUGCGUGGAAGGGAGAUGAACAUAUUGUCAAACUGCUCAUUCACCAAGGACCUUCACACCCCAAACUCAACGAGCAGAGCUCUGUAGACCAUAAAGAGUUCAAACGCUGUGGGCCCUUUGACCCCUAUAUUAAUGCCAAGAACAAUGACAACGAGACACCGCUGCACUGUGCCGCCCAGUACGGCCACUCCCGGGUGGUGCGGCUGCUGCUGGAGGAGCUGACGGACCCCACUAUGAGGAACAACAAGUUUGAGACUCCACUGGACCUGGCUGCGCUGUACGGCCGCCUGGAGGUGGUCAAGCUGCUGCUCAGUGCGCACCCCAACCUGCUCAGCUGCAACACCAAGAAACACACGCCGCUGCAUCUGGCGUCUCGGAACGGACACCUGUCUGUGGUGGAGGUGCUGCUGGACGCUGGCAUGGACAUCAACUAUGAGACGGAGAAAGGCAGCGCCCUCCACGAAGCAGCCUUGUAUGGGAAGACGGAUGUGGUGCAGAAACUUCUCAGUGCAGGUAUCGAUGUGAACAUCGUUGAUCAGAAGGGCCUGACAGCGCUGGACAUUGUCAAGGACAUGCCCUCCCAGAAGAGCAGAGAGAUAGCCGCUCUCAUCUUAGGUCACAUGACUGGAAAACCCCCUGACAUUGACCUUCCCCCUCCACCAAUCCCUCCGCCUCAGGAGAGUCCCAGCCCACGGAAAAAGAGUGAUCUGGAGAAGGUGAGUGAGCUGAUCUCGGGGCUGGCCCCAGGGCCUGAGGAGGAGAGCCCGUACGAGGCUCUGUUUGAAGCCACCUCUUGCCACUCUCUGGACAGCCUCACCAGCGGCAAGUCCUCCGACAGGGACUCUGGGCGGCCGGAUAGUGAAGCUGGCAAGAAAGAUCGCCUGGUCCACUCAUCACAUGCUGGCCCUGGUCAUGAAGAAGAGGUGAGCUCAGAGGCCCUGUAUACUAAUAGCAGUAUUGAUGAAAGAGGCGAGCCGGCGGAGGAGGAGGAGGAUCACACGUAUGAGUUGUUGCUGACUGCUCAGACCAAACACCCACCGCCCAGCCUGGAGCCCCAGUCCAAUAAAGAUGAGAACACCACUAUACAAUCUUCCAACAGUGUCCUACCUCAGCGUAAACCCACUGCCCCGAAUGACCUCAGAGCCCCGAGCAAGACGAAAGACACCCUGCACCCUCACCCACGGGCACCUGGAGAUAACUCCCAGCCCAGCCAGGAUCAGGGAGCAGGUGUCCCGGAGCAGUUCACUGGCCUCCUGCACGGAUCCUCCCCUGUCUUCGACUGCCGCGAGGAGCCCUUCAGGCUUCCAGGUGUCCCGCCACCCAACCAGGGCCAGCCAGAAUCAAGAAAACCUGCCAAAGUGAAAGAGGAAGUAGCAGCAGCUGCACCACCACCGAGCCGUCCCAGUAUGGCCGCUAUCCUGACGGACUGUGAUCCAAAAGCAAUUUAUGCAACUGUGAACAAGGAGCCAAGGGACUCAGGGGCUGGGGCAGCAUCUGCCGUUAGGAUGCGCCCUCCAGGGGACCUGAAGCUGGCACGCAGCCUCUCCAAGUCUGAUUCAGACUUGCUCGUGUCGCCCCCUAGUGAGGAGGACGGAGGAUUGGGAAACCGUAGCGAGUCUGUUUCUAACUGUAGCACUGGCAAGAAGAGGCUUGAGAAAUCUCCCUCUUUCACCUCAGAAUGGGACGAGCAGACACCGACGAACUCUCCUACCACAAUACCACGAAGAUCUAAUUCUGCUGAGAGCAUCGAGAAGAUCAUGACGCUGAUUGGUGCUGGCAUAGAUUUUUCCAGAGAUCAGCAAUAUGCUACACCAGCAGGUGCUGCCGGCCGGCUGCUGGACCAGCCUGUGGGAGACUGGCUGGAGCACGUGGGGCUGCCGCAGUACGAGAGCAAACUACUCCUGAACGGCUUCGAUGACCUGCACUACAUGGGGAGCAAUGUAAUGGAGGACCAGGACUUGAGAGAGAUUGGGAUCACAGACCCAAGCCACAGGAAGAAGAUCCUGCACGCAGCACGUUCAUUACCAAAGGUGAAAGCUCUGGGCUGUGACGGCAGCAACUCCCUCUCCUCCUGGCUGGAGAAUCUGGGCCUGCACGAGUACUUACACAACUUCCUGGCCAGCGGCUACCGCACUCUGGACUGUGUCAAAAACCUGUGGGAGCUGGAGAUUGUUAAUGUGCUAAAGAUCUCCCUACUUGGUCACAGGAAACGCAUCAUUGCUUCCUUAGCGGAGAGACCCUACGAGGAACCUCCGGUCAAGCCUCCUCGUUUGUCUCAGAUCAGGUGCCAAGAUUUGCCUGGAUCCCAGACCUCGUCCCCCCUCAGUCAGAUGGAGUCCUAUACAGGACGCUCAAUGGACCCUUUGCUGCCAGUGGGAGAGCCAGGGAGGAAAAAAGUGGCAGACACUGACUAUGACGUUACACAAAGAUAUCGCAGUGAUCGAGUCAGAUCACAUGAACGGUACGAAGAGCGGCAUCGAGAGCCCCGUCUGACCCUGCGGCCGCCGAGUCUGGCAGCACCGUACGCCCCGGUCCAGAACUGGCAUCAUCAGCCUGAGAAACUCAUCUUUGAAUCCUGCGCCUAUGAAGCCAGUUACCUUGGUUCCAUGCUGAUUAAGGAUCUGCGGGGUACUGAGUCCACGCAGGAUGCCUGUGCCAAAAUGCGGAGGUCGACAGAACAAAUGAGGAAAGUCCCGACCAUCGUCCUUUCCAUCACCUACAAGGGUGUGAAGUUCAUUGAUGCAGCCAAUAAGAACAUCAUCGCGGAGCAUGAGAUCCGUAAUAUUUCAUGUGCAGCCCAGGACCCAGAGGACUUGUGCACAUUUGCCUACAUCACCAAGGACCUGCAGACCAGCCACCACUACUGCCAUGUGUUCAGCACAGUAGAUGUGAACCUGACCUAUGAGAUUAUACUGACGCUCGGCCAGGCGUUUGAGGUAGCCUAUCAGCUGGCUCUGCAGGCCCAGAGGACCAAACAGCACCAGAACCUCCCAGCGGGACCCAGCUCAGAGGUCAUUGAGACCAAGUCCAGCCGACCUGUACCUAGACCACGAGGCAGCGUACGGAAGUCAGGGGGCGACAUCGUGGAACAGGAGGGGGAUUCUCAGUCCCAGGGCAGCGCUACAUGGCUGGUGGACCCCAAGGAAUCCAAGCGCACUAUCAGCACUAAGUACGAGACCACCAUAUUCUGAUUGGACCCCUCUUCCUUCUGACCUCUGACCUCUGGGCCUGGUCUCACCCCUCUUCCUCCCCCUCCUUCUGUGUGCCUUUCACUGUGACUCUGCCUCCCCCUCUGGGCUGGACCCCUGCUGCCCUCCCCCGUCUCCCUUCAGCCAUCACUCGUCUACAACAGUCUGCGAGUGCUUUGCUCCUUCCUCCUGCUAAACCACCACUUUUAGAGAUAAUUAGUGCAACCCUUCCGCUUUUAAAACCCUCCUUCUCGCAGGUACCGCUCACACCUCCAGCCUGCCGCUCACCUUCACUGUUACUCUCCUCUCUGUUUACCUUGUAUGCUUCCCGUGCACAAUGCUUCCUUUCUCUCCCCCAGUCAACAUCCCACUAUUGACUCUUGAUGAUAAGCUCUUUCUUUUCUCGGUGCUUUUCCUGCUCUGUUAGGCGACGGCCACUCUGAGGCUUUUCACUCUCGAUCUCUCAACUUCUCCGAGCGCUGAGAAAAUCUGAUUGACCGCAACUGAGAGUGACGCUCUGCACACAUCCUGUACCUGGAUGGACAUGUUUCCUGAGGAAACUGACAAACUUGGGCCUGUAACUAUGCGUCAGUUGGACUUUAGCAGACUGUUCGGUGGGACGGAGGUCACGAUGUUAUUGAGGUUACACAGGAUUUACUAAGGGGGGGGUAUUUUUCCCUGUCAGCAGUCUGCUCGAAGCCAAAGGAGGCUAAGAUCCUAGCACUGUGAUAAGGUCCUUUAGGAGCUAAUAAAGUAAGCAUUUUGGGGGAUUUUCUAGCAGGGGAUAAGGGGAGCAGAAUAGGGCGUAACAGCUGGCAUGGACCCGCAUGUUAGUGGUCCAAGCUGCGCUGGAAAAGACAGUCCAAACUGUCUUACAACUGGCAUGCCCUCCUCUGUGUAUCAAUCAAAGCAGCAGGAUUUAAACCUGAUGCUUCUUCUGGAGUGAACUAACUAUAACUAAGCACUUUUACCAAAUCCCCAAGUGUGUGAGAACAAGUGCAUCUUCCUCUGUCCUGUCUCUUUGCUUUCUUCUCUUCACAACAAAUGCCUUCUCUGUUCAUCCUGCCUUUUAUUUCGCCAAUCACCACACAGUUAAUAUUUCACUGGUGAAGAGUUAAUCAUUAUAAAGAGGAGCGGGGGUUUCCCAUCACCGUCAUGCUGUUUCUGUCCAUUAGUUGUGGUUUUUUUUUUACUUUAUUUUAACCUUGUUGCUUUGUGUGCGUGUGUCUGUGUCCCUUCCCCAUAGCUGAACACUGUGGCCUCUCCCAAGCCAGUAAGAAAGGACAGGAUUGAGCCCUGUUGCAUGGUGGGUAAGGUGUUUUGUUGGGCCAAAGCAGCAGAAUCACAUCAGCAGGUGGAUCAAGCUCGCCACAGUAACACACAGGCCUGGAAGCAAACAGACAUAAAGCUUUCAAGAGUUCAUCACCACACACGCACGCUCAGUUUAACUUCCUGUCCGUCAGAAAGUGACACUCAGAUGUAUUUGUUGUGCUUUAUGUAUUUCCUCUUAAUACGUAUCAGACCUCCCUCAUGAAGGCUGGUGUUUACUCUUUGAGGAAAUGUACAGGCAGUGUCACAACGCAGAACUUGUAGUGAAAGGGGAAGUGGCUCAGAUAAGGAACAUGAAUUUUUAUGUCAUGAUACAAAGGUACAAACUAUCAGACCGAGACCUCACACUGUAGGCACACACUCCUUCCUGGAUCAUUCGUCCUGUAUCCACACAUUGUAACGUCUCUCCACGACCAUCAGCUCGUCAUCCCAAACAUACAUGUAUAACUGUGAUAAACGACGUAAUCUUGCACGGGAGGAGCUCUCUAACCAAAGGGCAGAGGAACUGACACUACAAAGACUGUUUUAUAACGAUAUAAUAUAACGGGGUGGCUUUUAUUUGAUUUGAAAGUUGUUUUGUUUCUAUGUUUUAAUUGUUAUCUAGGACAACGAUGUGUCCUAAUGCUGGAACUGGAUCAGUUGUGGUUCACUUCUCCUUCCCUGCUCCUUUUGUUCAGUUAAUCUUGACCAGAUUAUUCACCAAACCUGCCAUGCAGGCUGGUGCGUCUUUAGAUUUUAGCUGCAGAACAGAACAAUAGGGCAGAGCAUGUUUCUCCUAGCUAACUCCCAGUAUGUUGACUGUUAAUGGUACUUUCUGGUCAGCCGAUGUGUAUAUGGGUACAUUAGUCAGGUCGUUUUGAUUUAACUGUUGUAUAUGUGGUACGUUGUCAGGCCAGCACGAUAGCUCUAUGGUACGCUGUCGUCGGCGCCUUCGGCCAUCAGCCUGGUCCCGUUCUGCUUUUGCACAUUGUUAAGGGUCAGAGAGAUAUUUAGGGACUAAUCUGAUGACGACAAUGAUGAGAAUGAUAUUGUACAUGAAUCUAGCGGUCUGUAUUUUGAUACUUGAAUGAUUUUUGCUUUUAUAGAUAUCUAUAUAUAUGUAUAUGUAUGUAUGUAAUUUUUGACGUUUGUCAAAAGAGAGAAAAGGACUAUGUCUUAUAAAGUUAAACAUAUCGUGAAUAAAUACCCUGUGAUUUAAAAAAAAAAAAAAAGGCUGAGAAAACAAUGACUCAGAAGAGGGACCUCACUUCAGAAAAAAAAGAUUGUAAAUAAUCUUGGGCUUCCAGUCUUUUUUAUGAUUAUUUUUCAUAAUUGUACGACUAAUAAAUGGCGCAAUUAGAAA